GCCACAGUUCCCCGGCUCCGGUCAGGGAUGCUCUCCGCGCAGCAGACAAAGGACGGAGCUCUUUGCUGUGGGUGGUAAUUAUCAAGGAGCUUAGAAGAAAAAAAAGCAGCAGCUUCGACCAAACUUACUGCCACAUCACACAAGCUGCUCACUAGAAGCGCAGCAUGUAUUUGGAAGUUUUGGCGCUGUUGUUUUUCUUGGAGCGGAGUUGCCUGAGCGCCCCGCAGCAGCCGUGUCAUCCAGGAGACGAGUUUUUAGGAAGAUGCAGCAGCAGCCGCAGCGCACACGAUGAAACACCUACCUGCACAGAACUGAACCUGGGCUACUGUAAUGAUCUGGAGUACUCAACAACCAUAUUCCCCAACAUCCUUGGUCACCGGAGUCGUUAUGAAGCUGAGUCAGGAGCAGAGUAUCUCCUCCUGAGUGUCAUCCAUGGUCUCCUCAAUGGUGAGUGCUCUCCCGAGAUCCGUCUUGUAGGGUGUUCGGUGCUGGCCUCGCCCUGCCGGGAUAACAAGAUGGUUAAACCAUGCCGCAGCACAUGCGAGGCAUUGAGGAAAGGCUGCAUUCACGCCUUAGAGGCCAUCGAGAUGGCCUGGCCCUACUUCCUGGAUUGUGACCGCUUCUUUGCUGGUAAUGAGGAGGGCUGCUUUGACCCACUAGCAGGGCUGAAAGCCAGACAGGAGGUGGCAUUGUCCAGUCUCUCUCCUGAAGAACCGAGCACCAUCAUCCAGUUCACCUAUGCCUCUAAUGCCCAGAUGUACAGCUUACUGAAGAGAACAGCAGCCAAAUGCUCCCACAUCUCUCAUGUCUACAGCAUCGGACGAAGCACCGAAGGCAGAGAUCUGUUGGUUAUUGAGUUCACUGACAACCCAGGGCAACAUGAGCUGCUUGAGCCAGAGAUAAAGUUGGUGGGCAACAUGCAUGGGAAUGAGGUGCUUGGCCGACAGCUUCUCGUCUACCUGGUCCAGUACCUGUGCUCGGAGUAUAUUCUAGGAAACCAAAGAAUUCAGUCCAUCAUUAACAACACACGUAUUCACAUUCUGGCCUCUAUGAACCCUGACGGGUAUGAGCUGGCCGCCUCAGAGGUAGAGGAUAGCAAUGACCAGGAGCUCUCCCACCAGGAAGGUCACUUGCUGAAUGGAUGGAUAAGUGGCCGGGCCAAUGCUCAGAACCUUGACCUGAACCGCAACUUUCCCGAUCUCACCUCCCUGUUCUAUCGGAACCGUCGCAGCAGGCACUACCGCAUAGAUCACAUCCCGAUCCCUGACACCUACUGGUUUGGGAAGGUGGCACCAGAGACCUAUGCAGUAAUGAAGUGGAUUAGGUCACUACCAUUUGUUCAGUCUGCCAGCCUCCAUGGAGGGGAACUGGUGGUCUCCUACCCCUUCGACUUCUCUAGACACCCACAUGAGGAGAAGAUGUUUUCACCCACUCCAGAUGAACAGAUCUUCAAGCAGCUCGCUCGCACUUAUGCCGACGCUCAUGCCACCAUGUCAAACAAUGACACGGACAGGUGUGGGGCCUCUUUUUAUCGUACCAGAGGCAUCAUCAAUGGUGCACUGUGGUACAGUUUUGCUGGUGGUAUGUCUGAUUUCAAUUACUUACACACUAAUUGUAUGGAGAUCACAGUGGAGCUUGGCUGUGACAAAUUCCCCUCAGAGGCUGAGCUCUACCCAGAAUGGAAAAGGAAUAAAGAAGCUCUGCUCAGUUUUCUUGAGUCUGUCCACCGAGGAAUUAAGGGUGUUGUGAGGGAUACAGAUGGAAAUGGUAUAAAAGGUGCAACAGUCUCUGUCAGGGGGGUCAGAAAAGAUGUCACUACAGCUGAGGAUGGAGAUUACUGGAGGCUGCUGAAUCCAGGAACUCAUAUCCUGACAGCUACCGCCAAAGGUUUCUCAAGGAUCAGCAAGAGAGUUUUUCUGCCCCACAACAUGAUCAAGGCUGGACGAGUUGACUUUGUUUUGGAGAAGAUUCCUGUGGAGCCAGAUAUAGAUGACCACCUCUUUCCCACAGUUGACAGCUGGGAUCGAUUUGACCCCUAUAACCAAUUUGAGCGCUUUGGCGAGCCAGAUGUUACCGAGGAAGGAAUAGAGCGGCAGGAGAAACCGUGGUGGUGGAACUACUUCUCCCAGUCGGGCAUCUCAUCUCCAACAUGGCUGCUGAAAAAUGUAUAGAUAGAUGUUGGAAAAAUGAACACCCACAUGUGCUCACACAUAAGGAUGAAUGAACCCACAUCCAGUCUCGUCUGUGCUUCCAGGAGCAUCUAUGUAGCAGAAGCUGUCACACUGAUGUCAUCAUUCACCCCACACUUUUUGUGUGCAUUUUGAAAGGAUUGGAAACAGCAUUCUAAAACUUACUAGCCAAUAUUAUUCUGCAGCUGAUUUGAACUAAUUUUAAAAACAUAAUGUAAAAUAAGAAGGAUAUGGACACAGCAGUUAUGCUUUUGUAAAUUCUAUUCUUCAUAAGUAGAAACAUGCAUUCAAAAGGAUAUUAUUUUCAUAUUAAAUGAGCAGCAGAGAUAUUCCAGUUUUAAAAUUCAAGUUGGGAAAUAUUUCUAAUAUCACAUUCUAAAUGCAAAAUUUUCUUCAGUUUUUAUCAUUAUAUUUUGUAUUGUAGCUAAAAGGCAACACAGGCACAUUUAAAACCUUAUGGACCACUAUAAAGCUUCUGCACUACAUUUUGAGCUCUCAAUAGAAGCAGUUCUGUACCAUCACUGUGUGAACAGUAAAAUGAUUUGCUUUGAUUCUUCUUCCAGGGGAUAAUAAAUAAUUAUAAAUAAGAAAUAAAA